CGCGCGCCGGGGACGCGCGCCGGCGACCAUGGCGUUUGCCGGGCUCGAGCGAGUACUUUAACCCCUGGAGGCGGCGGCGGCGGCGAGGGAGCGAGCCUCGAACGGGCGGGCCCCAGCCUGAGGGAAGGGAGGAAGGGGCGGGGAGAGCGCCAGAGGGAGGCCGGCGGCGGUGGGCGGGCGGGCAGCGCAGCGCCGAGCGGGGCCGCGGGCCCAUGAGGAGGCCCGGGGACCAUGGGCUCCAGGAUCAAGCAAAAUCCAGAGACCACGUUUGAAGUGUAUGUUGAAGUGGCCUAUCCUAGGACAGGUGGCGCUCUUUCAGAUCCUGAGGUGCAGAGGCAAUUCCCGGAGGACUACAGUGACCAGGAAGUUCUACAGACUUUGACCAAGUUUUGUUUCCCCUUCUAUGUGGACAGCCUCACAGUUAGCCAAGUUGGCCAGAACUUCACGUUCGUGCUCACUGACAUUGACAGCAAACAGAGAUUCGGGUUCUGCCGCUUAUCUUCAGGAGCGAAGAGCUGCUUCUGUAUCUUAAGCUAUCUCCCCUGGUUCGAGGUAUUUUAUAAGCUACUUAACAUCUUGGCAGAUUACACAACAAAAAGACAGGAAAAUCAGUGGAAUGAGCUUCUUGAAACUCUGCACAAACUUCCCAUCCCUGACCCAGGAGUGUCUGUUCAUCUCAGCGUGCAUUCUUAUUUUACUGUGCCUGAUACCAGAGAACUUCCCAGCAUACCUGAGAAUAGAAAUCUGACAGAAUAUUUUGUGGCUGUGGAUGUAAACAACAUGUUGCAUCUGUACGCCAGUAUGCUGUACGAACGCCGCAUACUCAUCAUUUGCAGCAAACUCAGCACUUUAACUGCCUGCAUCCACGGGUCUGCUGCGAUGCUCUACCCCAUGUACUGGCAGCACGUGUACAUCCCCGUCCUGCCCCCGCAUCUGCUGGACUACUGCUGUGCUCCCAUGCCCUACCUCAUAGGAAUCCAUUUAAGUUUAAUGGAGAAAGUCAGAAACAUGGCCCUGGAUGAUGUCGUGAUCCUGAACGUGGACACCAACACCCUGGAAACCCCCUUUGAUGACCUCCAGAGCCUCCCAAACGAUGUGGUUUCUUCACUGAAGAACAGGCUGAAGAAGGUCUCCACGACCACUGGCGACGGUGUGGCCAGAGCGUUCCUCAAGGCCCAGGCUGCUUUCUUCGGGAGCUACCGGAACGCUCUGAAAAUCGAGCCGGAGGAGCCGAUCACCUUCUGUGAGGAAGCCUUCGUGUCCCACUAUCGCUCUGGAGCCAUGCGGCAGUUCCUGCAGAACGCCACGCAGCUGCAGCUCUUCAAACAGUUUAUUGAUGGUCGAUUAGACCUUCUCAAUUCUGGUGAAGGUUUCAGUGAUGUUUUUGAAGAGGAAAUCAACAUGGGCGAGUAUGCUGGCAGUGAUAAACUCUACCAUCAGUGGCUGUCCACCGUCCGGAAAGGAAGUGGAGCAAUUCUGAAUACGGUAAAAACAAAAGCAAAUCCAGCCAUGAAGACUGUCUACAAGUUCGCAAAAGAUCAUGCAAAAAUGGGAAUAAAAGAGGUGAAAAACCGCUUGAAGCAAAAGGACAUCGCUGAGAAUGGCUGUGCCCCAACCCCAGAAGAGCAGCUGCCAAAGACAGCACCAUCCCCACUGGUAGAGGCCAAGGACCCCAAGCUCCGGGAAGACCGGCGGCCAAUCACAGUCCACUUUGGACAGCCACAGAGACUCCGUCCCACCCGACCGCCGCCUCCCAAGAUACAGCGCUCGAGGCCCGUGCGCCCGCCCCGUCCACACGUUGUGAAGAGACCGAAGAGCAACAUCACAGUGGAAGGCCGGCGGACGUCUAUCUCGAGCCCCGAGCAGCCACAGCCCUAUCGGACGCUCAAGGAGUCAGACAGUGCAGACGGCGAGGAGGUGGAGAGUCCGGAGCAGCGAGCGCGGAAGCCCUUGGGCCCUGCCCCAGCUCCCCCUGACCGGGCCGCCAGCAUUGACCUUCUGGAAGACGUCUUCAGCAGCCUGGACAUGGAGGCCCCCCUGCAGCCGCUGGGCCAGGCCAAGAGCUUGGAGGACCUCCGGGCCCCCAAAGACCUGAGGGAGCAGCCAGGGUCCUUUGACUAUCAGAGGCUGGACCUGGGCGGGAGCGAGAGGAGCCGCGGGAUGAUGGUGGCCUUGAAGCUUGCCCACCCGUACAACAAGCUGUGGAGCCUGGGCCAGGACGACAUGGCCAUUCCCAGCAAGCCCCCAGCUGCCUCCCCUGAGAAGCCCUCCGUCCUGCUUGGGAACUCCCCAGCCCUUCCCCGAAGGCCCCAGAAUCGGGAUAGCAUCCUGAACCCCAAUGACAAGGAGGAGGUGCCCACCCCCACUCCAGGCAGCAUCACCAUUCCCCGGCCCCAGGGCAGGAAGACCCCAGAGCUGGGCAUCGUGCCUCCACCACCCACUGCCCGCCCAGCCAAGCUCCAGGCUGCCAGCACCCCACUCGGUGACUUCUCAGAGCGGCUGCAGGCGGAUCGGGAGAAGAGAGCCGCCCUGAGCCCAGCCCUGUUCCCAGGGCUCCUCCCCAGUGUUGCUCCCCAAGGCCCCACUGAACUGCUCCAGCCACUCAGCCCGGCCCCGGGGGCUGUGGGCACCGACAGUGAUGCCCUGCUCGCCCUCCUGGACCCACUUAACACAGCCUGGCCAGGCAGCACCCUUCCACCAUGCCCUGUCACCCCAAAUGUAGCCACCCCAUACACCCCCCAGUUCAGCUUUCCCCCUGCAGGGACCCCCACCGCAUUCCCACAGCCACCACUCAACCCCUUUGUCCCAUCCAUGCCAGCAGCCCCACCUGCCCUGCCCCUGGUCUCCACACCAGUUGGGCCUUUCGGGGCCCCUCCAGCCUCCCUGGGGCCGGCUUUUGCACCUGGCCUCCUGCUGUCCGGUGCUGGCUUCUGCACCCCUCACAGGUCUCAGCCCAGCCUGUCCGCCCUCUCCAUGCCCAACCUCUUCGGCCAGAUGCCCAUGGGCGCCCACACCAGCCCCCUGCAGCCGCUGGGGCCCCCAGCAGUCGCGCCCUCGAGGAUCCGAACGUUGCCCCUGGCCCGCUCCAGUGCCAGGGCUGCUGAGGCCAAGCAGGGGCUGGCCCUGAGGCCGGGAGACGCCCCCCUCCUGCCUCCCAGACCCCCCCAGGGCCUGGAGCCAGCACUGCGGCCCUCUGCUCCUCAACAAGCCAGAGACCCCUUUGAGGAUUUGUUGCAGAAGACCAAGCAAGACGUGAGCCCGGCCCCGGCCCCAGGCUCGGUGGAGCAGCUCAGGAAGCAGUGGGAGACCUUCGAGUGAGCCAGGCCUGAGGGCAGGCGAGCCAAGCCUGAGUGUGCAUCGCCCACUGCUGCGGCUCCGAGGCUCCCCUGCCACUGGUUCUGUCCAGGUUCUGCCGGUGGGUAGGGAUGGGACCCCUCUCUGCCACCCCCUGACGCCCUGGUCUCCACACCCACUGCCCAUCUCUGAGGGAAUGGCACCAGUUCUGGCCUAGGAAUCAACCCGGCCCCUGGGCACCCGUCCCACCCGGCCACGGCCCCUCAGCACCCCAACUGGGUUUUGCACUAAAGAGGUCAGUCAGCUGGGCCAGUGAUCGCCCAGACCACGUCCUACCCUCCUUCCCUCCGGAAACAUCCCGCAAGGCUCCGCAAAGCCUCUCCUCCUGAGCCCAGUUCUCCUCCCCCUACCGCAGCCCAGCCCUGCACACCCCACCUGGACGGGCACAGGCAUCAGUGUUACCCUCAAGUGUGGGCUCCUCUGCACGAGACACAGGUGAUUUGGGGGUUCGAAGUCAGGACUGCUUCCGGGUGGAGCAUCCACAUGGCGGGGCAUUUCCAAACCCUCUCUAGCAGUAUGCACAUGUGUUCUUUCCUGAGUCUUCACCCAACCCCAAACUUCAGCUGUUUCUGGCCUGGUAGGAUCUGGGUGCCGAAGGAUCUUGGGCUCCCCUUUGAUAGCCAAACCCAGCCCCAGCCACCCUGCACGGGGGCCGGGCACCAGCAACUCUGAUUUGUGGAAGAAAAAUAGAAACCCACAAAUCUCAGUGAGUGAGGAGGAAUCCCCAGCCCUCUGUCACUCUAAUACUUCCAGUUCUUCUUGUCUCUCCUGUCACCAUCAAAGCUCGGCUAAGCCUAUUGUCACUUGGGGGCUUCGUGGGCAAAGCUGAGAAGGAACGUCCCAGAUUUCAACUCAAAGGUCAAGCUUAACGUCGCAGAUUGACGUGGGAGCCCCAGCUCCCUGGGCUGGAGCAGGGUGGUGGCCCUGGGCCCCUUCUCCAGGGUCCCGGUGGUCUGGAGGCAGGAGUGGCUCCAGAAGCCUGUCCCUCCCCACCUGUCCCGAGCUUCUGGCCAGCACAGCAGUUCCUGAGGCCAGCAUCACCAAAGUUAGAUUGAAAUGUCUUGUUAUUGUUUCUUUUAUUUUUCUUUUCCUUUUUACUUUAUUGAUUUGAUGAAUCUUGAAAUUGAUUCAUUUCCAUAAAGCAAGUUAAAGUAUGGCCCAACCAUUUAAGAAAACAACCAUCUGAGACAUGCAGGAAAUUGUGAGCAUUUUGACCUGGUUUCUCAUUUCCUAUUUGUGAAUGGUCAGACACAGUCUAUGCAGAGUGUCUGAUGGAGCCAAGGGGGUCCCUGGAGGUCCCUGUCAUGCCAGGAAGCCCCCUGUGUGUCUGAGAGGCUGCUGUGCGUGCUGAGGCCUGACGGCCUGUCCAGCACACAGCCCGUCCUGGGUCCGCUGCGGCCCAGCUGGGCUUCUCUUACCAUCUGGGGAGCUCUGGCUGCUGGGGGAGCUGUGUCGCCUGGGCCAGUGGGCGUCUCCCCCGGCACUAGUGUUUCAGCGCAGGUUCCAGUUCUGCCCCCGACCCAGAGCAGACCCACAGGCCCAUCUGGGACAGGUCAGAGGAUGAGAAAAGAGGUGCUGGGCAGCCCCAGGGCAGGAGGCCCCACAGUCUCCCUGGCUGUGCUGGGGCUGGGGGCAGUGGCCCCGUGUUCACGUGAGCACUGCUGUCUCUUCACUUGCCGCAUUGAACUUGCAAACCCAAGGAGGAACUUUGUGUGUGCAUUCAAUAAAAUCUUCUUAGGAAAAGGCUGA